AUGGCCUCGAGAUCAGGCCUAGGGGCUUUUGACAUGUUCUCAUACGAUAUUCGGAGCUUGAUUUGGUCUGAAGCUUUUAACACAGAGCCCUCGUCGCCUAAGCAAGGCUGUCUGGACGCUUAUACCAGUCUUCUACGGGCCAGCAAGGGUAUGUACAACGAGAUAAACGAAUUUCUAUUCUAUGGAUGCGUGCUAGAGAUUUUACUGGUCCCGAUACCAAUACCUUUCUUCAAAAUUUCCCUUGGCCACCUUCCUCCGCAGCCUCGCAGUCUCUCUCCGGUCAGGCAAGGCAGUGUCCAACCCCCCAUAAACGCACUUCACCCUGAAUCCCUUGGCCUCUUCCCCUUCCAUAUACUGGAUCAGGUUGUAGUCAGGCUUGUAUCGCCAUGCGCAUUGGAGAGGGUUGGUGUAUUCUACUUAUGGAAAAAUACCAAAACCACGAUCAAUGUACUCAAGAGCGCGGGGACACUUGGUCGUCUCACUCUCUCCUUCCAGGGAGGGCACCUCAACCUCAAUCCUUCCUACAAACCUAGUUUCAACGGCUUUGACCACAACUUCUUCGUCCGCCCUUUCAACCGCUUGCGACGGGUGGCAACCAUCAUCGAAGUAACAACCGACUCGGAGGUCGCUGCCUCCGCCAUGGAUCUGGCAACUACCAACCGAACUCUCGGUAUCAAACAUGAGGCAUGGAGCGAGCGAGAACUCCGACUCGAACUCACGAAAGACUGGUACAACGUUUGUCUUCUGGCGGCGACUCCCGGACAAGGAUGGAGCAACUCACUGAGGACUCUACAGCAACUUCACCAAGAGAUAUUAGUGGAAUGGUUGAAAGAGACGCAGAGUGGUGAACUUCAGUUCAUCAGGCAAAUCAACUGGAUAUUGGCCAAUUGUCGAGAAGUCAUAUGGGAACUCGAUCCUUCACUCUCGCUGUUUACAAAAGCACGAAACGCCUUGAAAUAUAGGGAUUGGAUAACGAUUCAGCACGGGGCUGUUUGUACCUCUAUCCGUAAGUCAGCUGCCAUGUUGGACGAUCUGACCGAGGCCAUUGAGAUAGCCUUGGUCGCAUGCUGGAAUUUCAAGCAUGGUCAAAGAUCUACACCGGAAAACUCCGAGGAAGAAACCCCGCAGCCACAGCUUAUAUGCCUACGCCAUGAUUAA